UUACAUCUCAAGAGUCCAUGAUGUUGGAACUCAUACACUGGAGGAUUGGCGAGCAGGCAGGAAGCAGCAAGUAGGAUUCAGGGGUUAUUUUCAGAAUGCCAAUCUGGUGAUCAGUAGUUUUCCAAAGGGGUCAGUGUGGGAGCCAAAUUUGCAGAUGGCACUAAAUAGGCGGGAAGGCAAGUUGCACAGAAGAUGCAAACAGUUGCACUAAUCCAGGUUCCUAGGAGCAGUCCAGCACAUACUCACUGGAGAUAGAACGAGUGUGGGAAAGGAUUCACCCAUCGUACCUGAUUCUACACCAGCCAAUUCACGGUGGGGAGAGGACGUUCACCUGCUCUGAAUGUGGAAAGGAAUUCGCUCGGUCAUCCAACCAAUGAGUUCAUACCGGGGACAGACCAUUUAUCUGCUUUAGUGUGGAAAGAGAUUCACUCAGUCAUCCAAACUGAUGGCACACCAGCAAGUUCAUACUGAGGAGAGGCCGUUCUCCUGCUCAAAAUGCGGGAAGAGAUUCACUCGGUCAUCCAGCCUGAUGGUACACCAGCGAAUUCACACAGGAGAGAGGCCGUUCACCUGCUCCGAGUGUGGGAAAGGAUUUACUCAUUCAUCCAGCCUGAACUUGCACAAGAAAAUGCACACUGGGGAGAGGCCAUUUACCUGCUCUGAAUGUGGAAAGAGGUUCAUUAAUUCGUCCAGCCUGCUGAGACACCAGCAAGUUCACACUGGGGAGAGGCCGUUCUCCUGCUCUGAAUGUGGGAAGAGAUUCACUCAGUCGUCUGAGCUGUUUUUACACCAGCGAAUUCACACUGGGGAGAGGCCAUUCACCUGCACCGAGUGUGGGAAGAGAUUCGUUCAGUCAUCCAGCCUGAGAACACACCAGCGAAUUCACACUGGGGAGAGGCCCUUCGCCUGCACUGAGUGUGGAAAAAGAUUCACUCGGUCAUCCAACCUGCAGUCACACCAGCAAAUUCACACUGGGGAGAAGGCCUUCACCUGUUCUGAGUGUGGGAAGGGAUUCACUCGGUCAUCUGAGCUGCUUUUACACCAAGGAGUUCACACUGGGGAGAAGCCGUUCAACUGCUCUGAAUGUGGGAAGGGAUUCACUCGGUCAUCUGAGCUGCUUUUACACCAGCGAAUUCACACUGGGGAGAGGCCGUUCACCUGCUCCGAGUGCGGGAAGGGAUUCACUCGGUCAUCUGAGCUGCUCUUACACCAACGGGUUCACACCGGGGAGAGGCCGUUCACCUGCACCGAGUGCGGGCAGAGAUUCGCUCGGUCAUCCAGCAUGAGGAGACAUCAGAGAAUUCACACAGGGGAGAGGCCCUUCACAUGUACUGAGUGUGGGCAGAGAUUUGUACGGUCAUCCAGCCUGAGGACACACCAGCGAAUUCACACCGGGGAGAGGCCCUUCGCCUGCACUGAGUGUGGAAAGAGAUUCACUCAGUCAUCCAACCUGCAGUCACACCAGCGAAUUCACAAUGGGGAGAGGGCCUUCAUCUGCUCUGAGUGUGGAAAGAGGUUCACUCGGUCGUCUGAGCUGUGUUUACACCAGCGAAUUCACACAGGGGAGAGGCCGUUCACCUGCUCUGAAUGCGGGAAGGGAUUCACUCGGUCAUCUGAGCUGCUUUUACACCAGCGAACUCACACCGGGGAGAGGCCGUUCACUUGCACUAAGUGCGGAAAGAGAUUCACUCAGUCGUCCAACCUGCGGACACACCAGCGAAUACACGAUGGGGAGAGAUCCUUCGUCUGCUCCGACUGCGGGAAGGGAUUCGCCCGGUCAUCUGAGCUGCUUUUACACCAGCGGGUUCACACUGGAGGGAGACCCUUCACCUGCUCUGUAUGUGGGGAGGGAUUCACUCUGUCAUCUGAACUGCUUUUACACCAGAGGGUUCACACUGGAGAGAGUCCAUUCACCUGCACUGAGUGUGGGCAGAGAUUCGUUCAGUCAUCUAGCCUGCGGAUGCACCAGCAAAUUCACACUGGGGAGAGGCCCUUCACCUGCGCCGAGUGUGGGAAGGGAUUCACUCGUUCAUCCCACCUGCGGACACACCAGCGAAUUCACACUGGAGAGAAACCCUUCAUUUGCACUGAGUGUGGAAGGAGAUUCACUCAGUCAUCCACCCUGCGGACGCAUCAGCAAAUUCACAAAGGGGAGAGGUCCUUCACUUGCACCGAGUGUGGAAAGAGAUUCACUCGUUCGUCCAGCCUGAGAACACACCAGCAAAUUCACACUGGAGAGAGGCCCUUCGUCUGCACUGAGUGUGGGAGGAGAUUCAUUCAGUUAUCCAACCUGCGGACACACCAGCGAAUUCACACCGGGGAGAAGCCGUUCACCUGCUCCGUGUGUGGGAAGGGAUUCACUCGGUCAUCCCACCUACUGAAACACCAAUGCAUACACACUGAGGAGAAACAUGACAUGUGCUGAAUAUUCAACCAUCAGUGCUGCUGAAAGCAAAUGCAAGUUCUCGAGUGACCGAAGAUGUUGGAUUGUAUAUCUUUAUUAGUCACAUGUACGUACAUCGGAACACACAGUGAAAUGCAUCUUUUGCGUAGAGUGUUCUGGGGGCAGCCCGCAAGGGUCGCCACGCUUCCGGUGCCAACAUAGCACGCCCACAACUUCCUAAUCCGUACGUCUUUGGAAUAUGGGAUGAAACCGGAGCACCCGGAUUCAGUCGCUAUUGCUGCUGCUCAUUUCUCCCAGGAUUAAACCCCAGUCAUUUGGGUACAGUUGUUUUAUUUUACUGAUGGUGGUAACUCCUAUAACUGGGCUAGAGUUUAAUAUUCUGGAACCACGAUGAAUAAAUCAGUUCUGUUCUAAACGCAUUGUCUCAGGCCCUUUUGUGUCUCUCUACUGUACAUUGUGUGGUUUGCAAAGGGGCCAUUUGGCCCAGCUUGUCCCUUCUAGUGUUUCUGCUCCACACCAGCCUCUUCCCAUCUCAGCCACCAUGAAUCACAGUGUAAUGUUGAUGUAGCAUGGAAACAAGCUCUUUGGCUCACCAAGUCUGUACCAAUCGUCAAUCACCCAUUUACUCUAAUUCUC